AUGACAAUUAACACAUACAAGUAUGACAAUGUAUCCAUUGUUCAAGUAAAAGAUUUUGAACGUCCUCAUGCUGUUCGCCAUAAAGUAUUUGUUCUUGAACAAGGUUAUUCAUCGACAAUAGAAACAGAUGAUUUGGAUGACAAAAGUACACAUUGGGUUGCUACUUGUGAUAAAGUAGACCAAAAUGGGACUCUAAUUGAAUCAAAUGUAGACGUUGGCACAAUUCGCCUGGUUCCAAAGAAUCAAAACAUGGCUAAAUUGACUCGCUUUGCUGUUGUUCAAAAUGCUCGUGGCCUCAAAAUUGGUCAAAGGUUAUUAGAGGCAUUUAUUGAUUAUUCGAAGAAGAAUGGCUUUGAUACUAUUGUUUUACAUUCGCAACAUCCUAAACGAGGUUUCUAUGAAAAGGCUGGAUUUGUUGUUGAACGAGGCGAUGAUGAAGUUUUUAUUGAAGCAGGCACACCUCAUGUACGCAUGUGGAUGCGCAACUUGCAAGAUAAAUCAUAG